CUGCUUCUAUAGAGACAAUUUUUAUGUGCACAAGUGAGUACUUUAGGAUGUAGUCAGCACUUUGAUCCACACAUAAUUUAGUGAGAAAUACAAACUGGUGAAUAUAUAUACCUGCGUAGCAAAAUAAAGUGUAGUGUGUGCCACCUCAUGCCAUGUUAUCUCUGUCCCUCGACUUGUCUUCUUGUAUAGCUUGUUUUGGCUUAUUAGGUGCAUUCUUGAGAAAAAGGAGUAGGCGCCAUCUUUCCGAUCUUUUAGCUGUUAGUUGAAGUGGUUGGUGGGCUGAGACGGGACUGAGACGAAGACAACUUCAUCUUGCUUAGUGCAACCUCUUUCUGCAAGAGAGCACAACCACCAAGGAGACAGAGCAGACCAGAAUUAGCAAAGAAAUAUCCAAGAGCUUUAAUGGCUGAUGAGUCAUGGAGGCUACCGAAUUCAGUACAACAACUGGCUGCUAUCGUACAAGAGCCACCUAGCCAGUACUUGCUCAGAGAGCAAGAACCGCUUGGUGGGAACCUGGCUGGUACCGAGAUGCCGGAGCCCAUUCCAACAAUCGAUCUCGGGCUGCUGUCUGCAUCCAAUGAUCCUGAGGAAGCCGCCAAGCUGCUGUCGGCGCUGCAGACCUGGGGAUUCUUCAAGGUUUCUAACCAUGGAAUGGAGACCUCUAUGAUGGAUUCUGUGAUGACCGCAUCAAGGGAAUUUUUUCACCUACCGCUGGAAGAGAAGAAGAAAUGCAGUAACCUGAUAGAUGGCAAGCAUUUCCAGGUGGAAGGGUAUGGGAAUGACCAUGUGAGGACUCAAGAUCAGAGAUUGGACUGGUCCGAUCGACUGCACCUUACAGUUGAGCCAGAGGGUGGGAGAAACCUUGCCCAUUGGCCUACACAUCCCAAAUCUUUCAGGGAUGAUCUGCACGAAUACGCAUUGAAGUGCAAGAAAAUCAAAGGCGACAUCCUUCGUGCAAUGGCCAAGAUUUUGAAGCUUGAUGAAGACUGCCUCGUUAAUCAGUUUAACAGCAACGCCCCCACUUUUGCUAGAUUCAACCACUUCCCUCCAUGUCCAAGACCUGAUCUUGUCCUGGGCAUCAAGCCUCACGCCGAUUUCCCUGCUCUCACGGUUCUCCUCAUGGACAGAGACGUCGCGGGGCUGCAAUAUCUUAGAGAUGGAACCUGGUACAAUGUUCCAGCUGCGUGUGACCAUACCUUGCUGAUCAACAUUGGUCUUACAAUGGAGAUAAUGAUCAACGGGAUCUUCACAGGGCCAGUGCAUAGAGUUGUGACUAAUGCCGAUAAAGAGAGGAUAUCAGUGGCCAUGUUCUAUGGUGUGGACCCUGAUCAUGAGAUUGGGCCAAUAGCUCAUCUGUUGAGGGAUGAGCAACCGGCACGGUACAGGAAAAUGAAGGCCAAGGACUUGCUAGUCGCGCAACUUGAACAUUUCUCUCAAGACCGAGGAGCACAAAUUGCCGAUGCAUGCAAGAUCUAAGUGAGAUGACUGUACUUUCAUGCCACAGUACCCAUAGAAAGUAAAUAGUUGAUGAAUUUACAGGGGAUGAAUCUGGUUAAAAUGAAGAAUUAGUCCGGUUUAUGUUUGAGUUUGUAUAAACACGCUCUGUGAACACUUCCAUAUCCUCUUAUCAGCUCCAGUGCCUCUUCCCUUCCUUCUUCUGUACUAGCUUUUAUUCUUAAAAAAUAUAAAUCAUAUCCCCAUGAGUGAAUAAAUCAUUUUUAUUAUUAGUUUAUUAUUUACGAAA